UCCUGAGAGGCAGUGAGCGCUCAGAGAAAGGACGAGAGGAACAGACAGAUUGUUGGGCUGACGAUCAAUGAACGCCAUGGAUAGCAAAUAGGAAGCGAGUCUAAAUUUUACACGUCUAGCCUGCAGCCAUUGAUGCUGUCAAUGAUUGACAGCUGCUACUCUUUGUUGUUGUUGUCAGACUGUUGUCGCUUGUUUUGGAUGCUGAAGGAUUGAUAGGAUUGGAAUUACGCGUCUGUCUGCCAACCUCAAGACUUGCAUUGAGAGUGUUUUACAGAGUUUAACAGUACCUGAUAGUCGGAAGUGUACGUCCACGGCCGGGUGUUGACGCGCAGUGUCUCGGGGAAGUCGACGGCAGCUGUAUGGACGGCACAAGCUGAGCUGAUAUCCGGUCCGAAAAUUGGAUGCAGACAAAAUAUUUGUGACCACAUCAGCAUUCGGCGUCAGGGUGACUGACAGGAGAAGCGUCGAGUCCGUCAGGAGUGGCGACAGCUGCCAGUCAGAGCGGAGACAUGCUGAGUCCAUGCGGGCGUGCGGCCUUGGCUUUCAUGUCAUUACAGCUGCUGCUAUGGCGCGAAACUGUGACCAUCGAAGUUCCUCAAGACCCAAACAUCCUGGCAGACCUGAAACAGCCCCCGACUAUAAUCAAGCAGUCAGUGAAGGACUACAUUGUGGACCCCAGAGAUAACAUCAUCAUCGAGUGUGAGGCCAAGGGCAACCCUGUGCCAACGUUCACAUGGCGAAGGAAUGGGAAGUUUUUCAACAUCGGGAAAGAUCCUCGGGUGACGAUACGAAAACGCUCGGGAACGCUGGAAAUCGGUUUCCGUAACGGAGGACGUCCGGAGGAUUACGAAGGAGAGUACCAGUGUUUUGCCAACAAUGUAUAUGGGAUGGCGCUGUCGAACAAAAUUGUACUCCAGGUCUCCAAGGCUCCUUUGUGGCCGAAAGAGGUUCUCGAGCCGGUGGUGGUGACUGAAGGCACCUCCUUGGUCCUCCCCUGUAACCCUCCUCCUGGUCUUCCGCCCCCUUUCACUUUCUGGAUGAACAGCAUGAUGAUGCCCAUCCGUCAGGACAAGCGAGUUUCUAAGGGUUUAAACGGAGACCUGUACUUCUCCAACGUGGUGGCCCAAGAUGCUAACAACGACUACAGCUGCAACGCCCGCUUUCCGUUCACGCACACCAUCCAGCAGAAGAACCCCUUCACUCUCAAAAUUAUUACCAACGAGCCGUAUAAUCACACAUCUUACAAUGCCAGUCACAGUUAUGGUGGCCGUAAAGUAUCCGAGUCGACGCCAACCUUCCUUUUACCGUUGGGGAGUGAGAGCUCCAAAAUGGUGCUGAGAGAUGAGCAACUUCUGCUGGAGUGUAUAGCUGCAGGACUACCCACGCCUACGAUCAAGUGGUUUAAGAAAGGCGGAGAUCUGCCGGGGCGCAAAGUAAAACUGGAGAAUUACAACAAGACGCUGAAAGUGAUCAACGUGUCCGAGGAGGACGCCGGGGAAUACGUCUGCAUGGCCAACAACCACUUGGGCAGCAUACGCCACUCCAUUUUUGUUCAAGUCAAAGCGGCUCCUUACUGGCUGGACAAACCUACUAACCUGGUACUUGCCCCGGAAGAGAACGGGCGCCUGGUGUGUCGGGCGAAUGGCAACCCUAAACCCAGCAUCCAGUGGCUGAUCAACGGUCAAACAAUCGACAGCUCUCCGCCCAAUCCGAGUCGACAGAUGAUGGGAGACACGAUCAUCUUCCGCUCAGUGCAGAUAGGAAGCAGUGCUGUGUAUCAGUGCAACGCCUCCAACCAACAUGGCUACCUGCUGGCCAACGCCUUCGUCAGCGUCCUCGAUUAUCCUCCAAGGAUGUUGGGGCCUAAAAACCAACUUAUUCAAGUGGUGAAGAACAAUCGCACCUUCUUGGAUUGUCCUUUCUUCGGUUCUCCUCACCCUGUGUUACGCUGGUUUAAGAACGGACAGGGCAGCGGCCUGGAUGGCGGUAUGUACCGCCUCUACAUCAACGGAACCUUGGAGAUCAAACGUGCCCGAGUGGAGGACGAAGGAACCUACACCUGUGUGGCCAACAACAUUUUAGGCAUGGCUGAAAACCAAGUCCGCCUGGAGGUCAAAGAGCCGACACGCAUAGUUGGAGCUCCUCAGCAUCAGUCAGCCAUAAGAGGUUUAACAGUUCGCUUUGAGUGUAAGGUGAAGUCUGACGCCAGCCUGGCCGUCUCUGUGGAGUGGAUGAAGGAUGACAAGCCUCUCUAUCUGGGAUGGAGGAUGAAGAAGGACGAUGAAUCUCUGACUAUCUCCAACAUCAACGAGGGCGAUGAGGGAAUUUACACGUGUUCUGUUAAGUCAGAGAUUGAUCAGGACUCAGCGUCGGCACGGCUCACUGUGUUAGAGGAAGCCUCCCUCAACCCCUCACUUUCUAGUGCCUUGCCUCCAGACCACCCAGACCCUCCGUUGGAUCUCGAUCUGUCAGAUCCAGCAGCACGCAGUGUUCGACUCACCUGGAUUCCUGGAAACGACCACAGAAGCCCUAUUAAAGAAUUUCUGGUCCAGUUUGAGGAGAACCACUGGGAGCCAGGAAGAUGGCAGGACCUGGCCACCUACCCCGGGGACCUCAAUUCCGUCAUCCUGCAGCUUGCUCCCUUUGUCAACUACCAGUUUAGAGUCAUUGCCAUUAACGCGGUGGGUCAGAGCAAGCCAAGCGCGCCCUCACCUCGAUACAAAACCAGUAGCGCUGCUCCAGAUGUCACUCCCAGAGGUCUCCAAGGGUGGGGCUCGGAGGAAAACAACAUGGAGAUCACUUGGGAGCCCCUGCUCGAUCUGGAGAAAAACGGUCCAAACCUGCAGUACGUGGUGUGGUGGAGGCGGAAGGAUUCCGAUGCCGAAUGGAAUAACAUCACCACAAUUGGGAACAAAGUUGUUGUGCAGGACACAAACACUUAUGAGCCCUAUGAGAUUAAAAUCCAGGCCUCAAAUGAUGUCGGCCCAGGACCAGAGUCUAAUGUGGUGAUCGGGUACUCAGGAGAAGACAAACCGACCAAUGCUCCUACAGAAUUGCGUAUUUCAAAGGUGGACAGCACUAAAGGACACAUCCACUGGAAGCCUGUGGACCUGGCCUCUGUCCAAGGAGAAUUUAAGGAGUACAGACUGUACUACUCUCGGGAGUCCAGCCAUGUUCCGGGUCUGCUGGUUAGAAAGGAGAACAAGACCAAAGGGUUCUACACGACCAUGGCUGAGCCGUCUGCCAUCCUCAGCCGUCUUGUACCCUUUUCGCGAUACAAAAUGUUUAUGGUUGUGGCUAAUAAUCGUUACGAGGGUCCGCCCAGCAACACCGUUGAAUUUAGCACCAAAGAGGGAGUUCCAGAUGCUCCUCCAUUCUUCAGAAUCAAUCGAAGAGGAUUUGACACCAUCCACCUAGAAUGGGACAAACCUCUGGAACCAAACGGCAUUCUGAUUGGAUACCAGCUGAAGUACCAAAUAGUCAACGCUUCCAGGGAGGCUCGUCCUCAGAUUGAGACGUUCCAUCCCAACGUGACUGAGUACACCAUGCGCCUGCCUGAUCGAUCCACUCGCUACAGAUUUUAUCUGUCAGCGCUCACGCAGGUGGGAGCAGGCGAGGUCUUUCCGGAGGAUUCGCCCUUCUUUACCAAUGAGGAAAACUUUACUGAUGCUACAGGUGUAGUUGAGCUUACGGAUGCCUCUUUGUCUUCAGUUUUUACUGUUACUCCUACUCCUCUUGCUGUUCUUCCUCCUACUAUUGCUGCUCCUACAACCGAAAGUACCUCAACCGAAACAACCACUCCUCCUGUUACCACAAUUGCUGCUACUACUACUGCUACUACUACUACUGCUACUACUGCUACUACUACUACUGCUAGUACUACUACUGCUAGUACUACGACUGCUAGUACUACUACUGCUAGUACUACUACUACAGCAGCAACUACCAUUGCUACAACUGAGGCCCUGUCUACCACACCACCUCAUGUCCUUGACGUCAACAAGAAUGCUGAUAAGAAUAUGCUGGUGGUCCGUGGGACAGAGAUCUGGAAUGUGACGGUGGAGCGUAACAGUAACUACGUUAAUGUCAGCUGGACACACAACUUCCCGCCCGGCACCAGCAGCUUUGUGCUAGAGUUCACACUGGACAGCAACCAGACAAUGAAAAUUGUACCGGUGACACAACAGCCGCCAAUUGCGGUGCCAGAUUUGCAGGCAGGCGCCAUGUACCACCUGAGGGUUUACUCGCAUGAAUACAACAGCGUCAGCAGCAACACUGUCACCUUUAUUACCAAAGCAGCUUACAUCGACCAGGUAGACAUCGCUACUCAGGGCUGGUUCAUUGGGUUGAUGUGCGCCAUCGCCCUCAUCAUCCUCAUCCUCCUUAUUGUCUGCUUCAUCAAAAGGAGUCGUGGAGGCAAAUAUCCAGGCGGCGGAUGUGUGACUGCUUUGGCAGGUGGUCUAGUGCGGGAUAAAAAGGAGCUUCCUUUGGAUUCUGUUGAUCAGAAAGACCCGGAUGGAUCCUUUGAUUAUCACAGCGACGAGGACAACAAGCCUCUGCAAGGCAGCCAAACAUCUCUGGAAGGACCCGUGAAGGAGAGCGACGACAGCCUGGUGGACUACGGCGAAGGUGGUGACGGCCAGUUUAACGAGGACGGCUCUUUCAUUGGACAGUACACCGUUAAGAAGGACAAAGACGAGACGGAAGGCAACGAGAGCUCAGAGGCCACCUCGCCUGUCAAUGCCAUUUACUCGCUGGCAUAGUGGCUGCCACACGUUGCUUCGGCAGAACUAUGACACAAAGACGCGGGUGGACAAAGACCACGUCCUCACACAAGAAACUGGGCUGGCUGACUGCAGUUAAGAAGGAAUGACACAGACCGAUUAGCAUUCACGCCUUCAUUUGACAUUUGCAGAGUAGGAAGCGGACGCGACGUUUGGACUAAGUGCUCAUCUUUUUUUGUGCUCCGCCUGCCCUUUAUCCGCACAGACUUCAAGUGUGCCUUGGAGGUAGCUUUCAGCGUUAGGAGGCAUGGAAAAGCGCUCUGUAGACUUGUUGCAUUGUAGUUUUUACAACAUAUCAGCUUACUACCAUCCACAGAAUGCUAGCAGAUAUGUUUAUCAUAUUGAUAUGUGCACAAUGAAAGAUUCAAAAUGUCCCCCACAGCUGGUUAAAGACUCAUGAAAUCUUAAAGAAAGUCCCGGCACACCAUUUAGUGCCCGCUAAAUCUAUGCAGCCCAUGCCAUCCCAUAAUGUUUAGUACAUGUCUUUUGCUACCACUUGCAGGGUAUAUCGCUUGCUAAUAAUCACUUUGCCUUUGAAGCUGGAGCGUUAAUGCUUUGUCACCUCAAAUCCAACGUUGUACAUCCCAACAUGCACUGGUGGAGCACACUGUUCUCUCGGUUAUUGCGCUGGUUACCUUACAGAUAAAAGACGGAGACUAUUUCAUGAUUUUUAUUAAUAUCACUUGCUUUUACUUAUAAACUCCUCCUACACUCUUAAAACACAGAAUUUUAACAUAAAACGUAGACCCAACUAGCUGCUAAAGCCAGCUCUCAAAUCAGCUAAAGCAGGGGUGUCAAACUUACGGCCCGAAGUCGGAUCAGGUCCACAAAAAGGUUUUAUCCGGCCCGCGGGAUGAGUUUGCCAAGUAUAAAAAUUACCCUGAAGUUUUUGAUUGGAAAAAAAUGUAUGUAUCUUUGUAGAUGAUGCUACAUUUGUACAAAAUAAACCACAUGAUGUUAGUACAUCGGUCGAGGAAAAUGAUCAAACAAUAUAAAAAACAUACUGUGAUUUGGUUUUGAUACAAUGUUUUUAUCUUGAUAGAUUGAAAAUAAACACUAAUGAGUUGACUGAUAAACAUUAUCACAUAAUUUAUAAAAUAUAAAUAAUGACAAAAAAGUAUAUAUACUAUUAACUGCAACAUGUAAUUGUAAAAAAACAAAAAAAAAACAACGACAAUAUGAUUUGUACAAUUUCAGAAUGUGCUUGUUCUAUUUUUAAACAAAGAAAACAAUCUGAAGUUGUCUUUAUUUUUAAGUAUUCGUGCUGUGAUUUUACCAGUCUGGCCCAUUUGGGAGUAGAUUUUUCUCCAUGUGGCCCCUGAUCUAAAAUGAGUUUGACACCCCCAACACUCAAUAACUCCGUAGUGAAAACUGUUUUUAAGAGUUUACUGAAGAUUUUGUGGAGCUAAAAUAAAAUAAAAUAAAUGCUAUUGUAAAAUGAUAGCGACCUUAGCUUAGCCACAUAGUGGUUUUUGAGCAAGGCAUGACUGCUAGAGUUCUAAUUUUGGUUCAAAGCAAGUAAAAAACAGGAAGUCAAUGGGACUAAAAAAAAAUAACAAACGCUGCAUUAGGGAGUGGGCAUAACUACUUCAUGGUAGGUUCCCAUCUGCGAUGCACCGAGACCGCAAUAAGUGAGGGAACACUCGACUUCACAUUUAUCUUGCAGCAUUUUAUCGUUUAAUGCAAGGGCGGGGGAUAGACUACAAGCGUUCUCUUUCAAGCAUGCUGACUGUUGCUGUCAUUAUUAUCUUUUUAUUCCAACACUGUAUCACACAUUAAACAUAAUCACACAUUAUUAGAGCAAAAAUAGCUAUAACAUAUUACACUGCGUACGUUUAUUUUCUAAUUGCUGUUUGACGCCAAGAUGAGUAAUGAUGACAUUUAUACCUGAGAAGUCUCAAUGUAGCGAAGGAAUGGUAAAGACGUGUCUUCUAGAAUUAUGUUUAACUUUUUGUUUCUUUGUCAAGAAUAUGAUCACAAAAUGUGCUGAUCACUUCAAGGUGUGAUGUGAAAAGUACAGUAGUUAUAAGCAAAGGAUUAAUUUUCAGAGACAUGCACGUGUAGCUGUGUGUGUGUGCGUGUGUGUGUGUGUGCGCGCGUGUGCGUGCGUGUGUGUGUGUGUGUGUGUCAUGGCAAGACUCUUACAGUAAAGAGGAUUUUCAUUGGUUUGAUUUAUCAGCAAACCUUUGGCCCCUUUUCUUUAAAUUACUAACUUCAACCUGAGCCCCUGGUUUUCAAAGGUAAGUUAUAAAUACAGGUUGCAGUUAAUCAUGUCAUUAAUUUGUCAUCAGCUUUACUGGCAUGAAAAAGGACAUUGGACAUCAUUUAUUGGGAAUGGGAAUUAAUUUCCUUUCAAAAUGCCCCAACUUUCAAUACCCCUGUUUGUCAUAUUAUCUUUAUUAUUGUCAUACUGUUUUAGUGUAUUGCAAACUACUGCAAGUUUGUCAACUUUGCAAAGAAAUAGCAUUUCCAAAGAAGGUUUGUUCUUGCUAAUCUUUAUCAUGGUUCCUUCUCCUGUAAGCAGAUUCAAACGCAACAGCAAAAUUAAACUCUUGGCUAAAUCAGCAGGAUUAAAGCAAUAAAUUCAAUGAUCCGUGAAUCAAUAAAUUCACCGUGCCGUAAAUUAGUAUAUUAAUUGAUCCAUACAACCAUAGAUGCAUUCAUCCAUAAAUCAAUAGAUGAAUUGAUCUAUCAAUCAAAUGAAUUCAUCUUAAAGCAAUAGAUUCAUUAGUCCAUAAAUCAAGAGAUUAAUCAAUCCAUACAUCAAUAUAUACUGACUGCAGCUGGCAACUGGAGUAUAUGAUGUAUUUGAAGUUGAUUUGAUUUGUAUGUAUUCCUUUCUGUGCAUAGCAUUUGAUAUAUAACUUUCCCAUGUAAUUUUUGUCAUAUAAAUAUGUAUUUCUGUUAUUUCCAUGUUGACAGAUAUUGAUUAUGUAAGAAUAUUGUUGGAGCAUCGGGCCUUCCUGAACCAAUUCAUGAAAUUAUUGUUCUAUGUGACAAAAAGUAUUCAUUGUGCUGCUCAUGUUGUAUUCUUCUUAUUAUCCAUACUUAUGUUUAUCAUACACGACAAUAAUUUUGUUGUAUAUUCAUAUUGUGUACAUCCUCCAGGAUAGAGCUCUCUUGUAAAUAUUGGACAUGUUGGCCAAUAACGAAAAGUAUGUUGAGUCCAUCAUGCACUUUGUCAUGUUACUGUACUAACAUUUGCAAAAGUCAGAAAAAAACACUUCAUUUUCCGCUUUGUUGACGUUGUUAUAUACGUUACGAGUAUAUGUUACAAGUAUAUGUUACAAGUAUACAUUGCAGUGUCUUGUUUAUGAUUGCUAUUUUAUCUGAAAAAAAUAAUACUUCACUUCAACGCA